AUGGUCUUUGCAACCCGAGAAGAUGUUUUGCAGUGGGCUCGAACGGUUGCCCAUGAAAACGGUUUUGUUGCAGUAAUUAUGAGGUCUGAUACAUAUACUGGUAGCAGAGGAAGAACUUCAUUUGUGUUAAUUGGGUGUAAAAGGAGCGGUAAGUACAAGUGUAGGAAGAAAGAAUUUGUUAGAAGAGACACAUGCACUAGAAAAUGUGGUUGUCCCUUUAAGAUUCGUGGAAAACCAGUGCAUGGAGGUGAAGGUUGGACGAUGAAGCUGAUAUGUGGGAUUCGCAACCACGAAUUGGUGAAGACCUUAGUUAGACAUCCAUAUGCUAGGAGAUUGACAGAUUAUGAGAAGAAUAUCAUUGCUGAUAUAAGUCGAAUGUGA